AUGACAACUCGCACCGCACUCGGGUCGCGUGACGUCGGCGAUUCCAAUGGAGGUAUCGUCGCCGCGGCGGAAGGGCGCAAGGAAUCGAUGGUGUCGCGACUCCCGGCUGCCGUGCGCUUCCCACUGGCCGUUCUGGUGUCCUUUGGCUUGAGCGCAACCCUCCGCUCCCUCACCGCCGAACUCAUCGGUCCCGAGCUCGCCGCCGUCAGCCGAGACCUGACGGAGGGAUGGCAAAUCGGGGCAAUGUUUGCUUGGAAGGUGGCCGAGCUCGCUAUUGCGUGGUACGCUUGCUACGACUACGUCGACCUGGCAUACCUAUCUCUCCUCAACAACGUCCCGUACUACUUCCUCCUCAACACCUUCUUCGGCGUCGACUACCUUGCAACCGCGAUUCCCAUGGUCAUCGACGUGACUGCCCUGGCAAUCCCAUUUGCUUUUCUUAGAAGCCUGAACUACGCCCGCAGAGGCGGCCAAGUCAAGAAUGCGAACCAGGCAGUCGCUCAGGAUAGAGGCGUCCAAUACCUGAUCGCAGCAUUCGGCGCAUCAAUCUAUGCCAUUGUCGUCUAUGGAAGCUUCACCACCUGGCUGCCCACAUACAUGAUUGUACACUUUGAUGGGCUUCGCAGUCUCGAGAGGGCCCACAACACGGGAAUAUUACUCCUGCUGGCUUUAUUCGGUCCUCUCGGGUAUGCAGCGACUCAAUUCAUCUUUGUGCCGGCCAUUGGAUCGCCUGGAAACCCUGGCAUCACCGAUCCUGCUCUGAAGCCCGGAAAAGUUGCUUUCGACCCUCAGACAGCUACCAUUGGACAGACCGUCGCAUGGAACCUUGGACUUGGCGAAUCCGGGCUUACUCACAGGGGAGAGAUUCUUCUCAAGCGCACGGCAACACUAGCAGCAUCAUCAUUCAUCAGUAAUUUCGUUCGCUCAUAUGUCAUCAUCGAAGGCACCGAGUUGCUGGGUGCUCUCGGCUGGGCCAGUGUGUGGGGAAGCGCUGCAGCAUUGGUGGGUCUUGCGUAUGCGUGGGUUGGUAACGAGUGA